AUGAGACCGUGUGCUUUCCAGACGAGAGCCGCAUCCACGGCGCCAGGGGCCAGUACCCCGGCAGUCGACGUGGAGUUGAACAAACUUGACCGGAAAUGGAGCGCUCGUUGGAAGGAGGUGUCCGGCGACGGGAAGUCGUUGCACCCAACCAAACACCUCGCGGCGCAGGACGGCGGCGAGCGUACGCCCUUCUACUGCUUGUCGAUGUUCCCGUACCCAUCGGGGAUGCUCCACAUGGGCCACUUGCGGGUGUACACAAUCUCCGACGUGGUGGCCCGCUUCAAGCGGAUGCAGGGCUACGAGGUGCUCCACCCCAUGGGGUGGGACGCGUUCGGGCUCCCCGCAGAGAACGCUGCCCGCGAGCGGGGCGUCGACCCGGCCGCCUGGACGGAGCUCAACAUCUCCCGCAUGAAGGAACAGAUGGGCUUGAUGAUGGCGGACUUCGACUGGGACCGCGAGGUGUCGACGUGCUCGCCCGACUACUACCGGUGGACGCAGAAGAUCUUCUUGUUGUUGCAUGAGCACGGGUUGGCGUACCGCCAGCGCGCGGAGAUCAACUGGGACCCCGUCGACCAGACGGUGUUGGCCAACGAGCAGGUGGACGCCGAGGGCCGCAGUUGGCGGAGCGGUGCGCUCGUGGAGAAGCGCCAGUUGGAGCAAUGGUUCAUUGGCAUCACGCAGUUUGCCGGCGCGCUCCAGGCAGACUUGGACUCGUUGGGCGCCGGGUGGCCCGACAAGGUCAAGACCAUGCAACGGCAUUGGAUCGGUGAGAGCAAGGGGGCCGAGGUUUCCUUUGCCGUUCGCCACCAUUCCUCGCCAGAGGAACAACAGCCUCCACGGCCAGUGGCCCACGGAGUGCCAGCGGAGCGGCUUGCGGAUGGCGUAGAGCCUGGCUCCUCUUCGAGGAGUCUUGGGCCGCUCCAGGUGUUCACCUCGCGGCCCGACACUCUCUUCUCGGUGCAGUUUGUGGCGCUAGCGCUCACGCAUCCAUUGGUGGUUGAGGCCGCCAAGAAGGACGCCACGAUGCGCGAGUUCAUUGUGAGGGAGUCGGCCAUUGCGGCGAAAACUACCCCAGCAGACCCGCCAUCGAAGGAAGGUUACGCCCUCCCAUACCGCGUUGCCGUGCCCUUGACCACAAGCGGUGAGAGGGGCGAGGACUUCAGUGUGCCCGUGUACGCGGCACCCUACGUUCUUGGGUCGUAUGGCCAUGGUGCAGUCAUGGGCUGUCCAGCACAUGACCAGAGAGAUUUUGACUUCUGGCAGAAACAUGCGCCUGAACAGGAUGUGGUGGUGACCGUGAAGCCCAAGGAGAAGAAGAACAAGAAAAAUGCCGGGCCAGAGAAGAAGAAGCAGCAGCAGCAGCAGCUGGCGGAGGACUCGGUCCUCUUCACAGGGUCUGACGGGGUACUUGUAGACUCUUUGGGGAAGUACAGCUCUCUCCCGAGCAAGAAGGCCGGCAAAAUGAUCACAAGAGACCUUGAGACGGUCGGUAGCGGCGCCCCAUCGACGCAGUACCGACUCCGGGACUGGCUUGUGUCGCGUCAACGGUACUGGGGUGCUCCGAUCCCCAUCAUCCAUUGUCUGACAUGUGGCCCCGUUCCGGUCCCGGACAAGGACCUCCCGGUGGUUCUCCCUGAGAUUAAGAACACGUCACAGACGUUUGGCACUGGUGGAAACCCGUUGGAGAAGGACGAGCUGUUUGUCAACACAACGUGCCCCUCGUGCCACGGCCCGGCCAAACGUGAUACCGACACCAUGGACACUUUCAUGGACUCGUCGUGGUACUUCUUCCGGUACACGGACCCCCGCAACCAGGGGGCGCCGUUUUCGCCAGAAAAUGCCACGGCCAUGCUCCCGAUCGACCGGUACAUCGGCGGGGUGGAGCACGCGAUCCUCCAUCUCUUGUACUCGCGGUUCAUCUCCAAGUUCCUUGGGUCCAUCGGAAUGUGGCACAGCGCGGACGGCACCUUUGAGCCAAUCAAACAGUUGGUCACCCAGGGCAUGGUUCAUGGGAAGACCUACAGAGACCCGGUCUCCGGGCGUGUUCUCAAGCCCGAAGAGAUCCCUGGGUGUUCCGACCCGGUCAUCUCGUUCGAGAAGAUGUCCAAGAGCAAGUACAACGGGGCCGACCCGGCAGAGUGUAUCAAGAAGUAUGGUGCGGACGCCACGAGGGCACACAUGUUGUUCCAGGCGCCGCUCUCUGAUGUGUUGAACUGGAACGAGGAGCAGAUUGCCGGGAUCGACCGGUGGUUGAGAAGAGUGGUGGCGAUGUCCAACACGGUGGCUGUCACUGGCAGCACUUCCACCGCCAGUACUUCCACCACCUCCUCCUACCCCAACAUCACUCUUAAUGGCGUCCACCAUGUAGAAGUUCUCUUCUCCACCUCGGACUUCAACCUCUUCCUGGACGUGCAAAAGACCAUCACGCUGGUCACUCUGGCCAUCGACACCGAGCUCUCAUUCAACACGAUCAUCUCCGACUACAUGAAGUUGACCAACUCGAUCAAGACGGCCAUGGCCCUGGGUGCCGUGCGCCCCGACGUGAUCCACGACGCCUACACGACUCUCCUCACGCUAAUGGCGCCAGUGACCCCAUGCGCGGUGGAGGAGUGCUACGAAAGACUCCAACAGCGCGAGAACCCGGAGGCGGAAUGGCACAGCAUCUUCUUGCGCCAAUGGCCCACGGCACAGGAGAUCACCUCGCCGUUUGCCCAAUACAACGUCUUUGUCAACGGGAAGGCCCGGUUUGUGUACCACGGCGAGAAGACGUUGGUGGACCUCCCGGAGCUGGAGAUCCUCCUGAAGGUGCAAGAGCACGAGAUGGGCGCCAAAUGGAUUGUGGGCGACGUCAAGAAGAUGAUCGUCAAGAAGGGUACCUUGAGUUUCAUCACCGGUAAAUAG